GAAUCUUGUUGACAGUUUUCAAUUUUUUUUAGUAGGUUUUAUUACCAAUUUUAAAAAAUAAAAUGACCCAAGCGAUUCGGCAAACAUCUCAUGUCGUUGCUGAAAUCUUCACAGACGUUGGGGCUGCAUUUACACGCCUUGGAGAGCUAGAAAUGUUAUUGAAUCCUGACGUUGAUUCUUCGUACCGCGACAAGGUAUCUGAGAACGACAUCCAAAUGCUCAGGGAUGCUGUCAAAAAAUUCACCGAUGAUAUUGACAACAUCUGUCAACGAAUUAAAGAGCGAACUCUGCUACAAAUCCGAAAUAGCAUGAAGAGGCAUGCUUACGAAGAAGCCGGUUUACCGCUUCGAAAGCAGCAGAUAAUUUCUACGCCGAAACCUGCCAUGGACAAAAGCAGAACUAGCUCAGUCAUAUCGCAGUCAACAGCUAAAUCAGCGGACAUUACCCUGAAUAUGUUAAAUGCCACAGAACAAGAAGUAGACGUCGAAGGUUUAACCACAUCCGAUAAACUUGAUUAUGACAGUGCUGAUGGACCAUAAACAUUUGAAUAUGUCAUAUUUUAAAACACUUCUCUUUAUUAUGUGUUAUGUUAAA